CUAUAGGCGAAUAUGAAGACCUUAGAGCAGAGAACCAGAAAACAAAGGAGAAGUGUGACAAGAUUAGGCAAGAACGAGAUGAAGCUGUUAAAAAACUGGAAGAAUUUCAGAAAAUUUCUCACAUGGUUAUAGAGGAAGUUAAUUUCAUGCAGAACCAUCUUGAAAUAGAGAAGACUUGUCGAGAAAGUGCUGAAGCUUUGGCAACAAAGCUCAAUAAAGAAAAUAAAACAUUGAAGAGAAUCAGCAUGUUAUACAUGGCCAAGCUGGGACCGGAUGUAAUAACUGAAGAGAUAAACAUCGAUGAUGAAGAUGCCACCACAGACACAGAGAGUGCCGCCGAGACUUGUAUCUCAGUACAGUGUCAGAAGCAGAUCAAAGAACUUCGAGAUCAAAUUGUAUCUGUUCAGGAGGAAAAGAAGAUAUUGGCCAUCGAGCUGGAAAAUCUCAAGAGCAAACUUGUGGAAGUAAUGGAAGAAGUAAAUAAAGUUAAACAAGAAAAAACUGUUUUACAUGCAGAAGUUCUUGAACAGAGAAAAGUCUUAGAAAAAUGCAACAGAGUGUCCAUGCUGGCAGUAGAAGAGUAUGAGGAGCUGCAGGUAAACCUGGAGCUGGAGAAGGACCUUCGAAAGAAAGCAGAGUCGUUUGCACAAGAGAUGUUCAUAGAACAAAACAAGCUAAAGAGACAAAGCCACCUUCUGCUACAGAGCGCUGUCCCUGACCAGCAGCUUUUGAAAGCUUUAGAUGAAAAUGCAAAACUCAUCCAGCAACUUGAAGAAGAGAGAAUUCAACAUCAGCAAAAGGUCAAAGAAUUAGAGGAGCAACUAGAAAAUGAGACACUGCACAAAGAGAUACAUAACCUCAAACAGCAACUGGAGCUUCUGGAAGAAGAUAAGAAGGAACUGGAAUCGAAAUACCAGAAUUCUGAAGAGAAGGCCAGAAAUUUAAAGCAUUCCGUUGAUGAGCUCCAGAAACGAGUGAACCAGUCUGAGAACUCAGUACCUCCUCCACCUCCUCCUCCACCGCCACUCCCGCCUCCACCUCCCAAUCCUAUCCGGUCCCUCAUGUCCAUGAUCCGGAAAAGAUCCCACCCCAGUGGCAGUGGUGCUAAAAAAGAAAAGGCGACUCAACCAGAAACCACUGAGGAAGUCACAGACCUAAAGAGGCAAGCCGUGGAAGAGAUGAUGGAUAGAAUUAAAAAGGGAGUUCAUCUUAGACCAGUUAAUCAGACAGCCAGACCAAAGGCAAAGCCAGAAUCUUCAAAGGGCUCUGAAAGUGCAGUGAAUGAGCUAAAAGGAAUACUGGGGACACUUAACAAAUCCACUAGUUCAAGAAGCUUAAAAUCUCUUGACCCUGAAAACAGUGAAACUGAGUUAGAAAGGAUUUUGCGUCGCAGAAAGGUGACAGCAGAAGCAGAUAGCAGUAGUCCAGCUGGGAUAUUAGCCACCUCAGAGUCCAAAUCCAUGCCAGUGUUGGGUUCUGUAUCCAGUGUAACAAAAACAGCCUUGAACAAGAACACUCUGGAGGCAGAAUUCAACAGCCGGUCCCCCCUCACACCUGAGCCAGGUGAAGGGUCCCGUAAAUUGGAAGGAUGCACAAGUUCCAAGGUUACAUUUCAGCCUCCCAGUAACACUGGAUACAGGAGAAGAAGAUACAUUGGCAGUGAAAACAAAGCUGAACCAAUUGUAGUUUUAGAUCCCGUUUCCGCCCAUGAACCCCAAACCAAAGACCAGGUCGCCGAAAAAGAUCCAGCUCAAUGCAAAGAUGAUGAAGGUGAAACUAAACCAGAAUUCCAAGAAGAUAGCAUUGAAAAAAUGAGAGAGAGAGACAGCUCCAGCUGCUGAUCCAUCAACCAGGAGGCUGACGUGUUUGGAAGUCCUUUUCAAUGAGCACAUGAUUCAGUCUGGUGUAUUGUCAAGGGCUAGAGACAUUCUGUCUGGUCACUGUAUUCACAAUACAGGUUCUUUUCUGGUCUCGCUUCUGUAAGUAGCAACUAUAAGCAUAAAUAAGCUGUUUAGCAAAAUAUACACAUUUUAAGUAGUUUUUGGCUUUUGAACUUGAUAGGGAUAAGGUUUUUCCUAGUUACUGUAUGUAUGAAGUAUGGCUUUGUUUAGAAGAUUACCAAGGAUUCAGAUGUUGGUAUCUUUUUAGGAAAUGUGCAUACCACUCAUCAAAUUCAGUAACGGCUGAGAGUUCGAGGUGCUUGUGGAUAGUUGGAUCAACAGAACUGAACAAUUUCUCAUGAUAUAAAAAUCCCCCAGAGCCGGGCACAGUGCCUUCCACCCGUAGUUCAGCUACUUUGGAGGGUGGGGCAGGAGGAUCACUUGAGCCCAGGGGUUCUAAGCCCAGACUGGGGAACAUAGUGAGACUAUGACUCAAAAACAAAACAGAAGCCCCCAGAGAAGCUUCUGUUUUGGGUCUGGCUGUCUUUGGAUCCUAUGGCGUACAAGUUAUUUUCUAGGGUUAGGCAGAGAUAAACUUCAAACUCAGGAGCUAGCAUCAAACUAGUUGUCUCUUAGUCAUUGUGAAUUACACACCUUGUCAAUUACUGGAUGAAAAGUACACGCUAUUGAUGUGCCCCAAGUCUCCCAGAGGCCUCAGCGGGAAUGUUCUGGUGGCCUGAAUAUGACGUUGAGGCCAAAGUCCAAACCUCGAAUCAACAGUAACAGCUUCACAAACCAUGUUUUCUGUUCUAUCAGUUCGUUGUGUUUUCCAAUACGCUAAUAUGGCCGAGGUUCCGUAUUGUAUCACAGUUCUCAUGUAUAGUGAAGAGGAGCAACAAGCACACACGUUCCUUGCUUCACUGCCGUUGCGUAUUACACGGGUUGUUUUGUUUUGUUUUAAAGAACUUAAGUGGUGGUUAGUCUCUCAAAAUACAGUGUUUCAGGCUACCACGGUGAAUAAAUAGAAAUGUAAUCAGGGAUUUAAAAAAAAAAAACUUAUGCAGCUUUUUUCAAAGUCAAUUGUUUGAAAAUUGGUGUUUAUUUAAAAGAAGUGGUAAUGUACUUGAAUGCACUUUUUAUGACAAUGAUUCAGUCAUGGUAAUUUUACUAUUAAAGAAAGUGAAAGGUUUAGUUUUGUUAGCAUGAACCAGCAUGUAGCUGUCAGGUGUUUCUCACCUGAGGGCGGAAGAAAAUGAUAGUAAUAAUUGCAGUAGUUGUGUUGUAUUGUAUUUUUGCACGUGUGCUAAGCAGAGGCUUGAAGACAUGGGUAGUCAGGUGAAUGUACUUCCUCAAUUUGGAGACAAUUAUCUUUCCAUAGGUCCCUUAUGCUUGACUAUUUCCAUGUUCUUCCAGCAAUGAUUUACGGUUACCUAUAACAUUACUCGUAGGGAAUUAAAAUGUAAUGUUUUUUCAUCUGUAUGUUUUGCUAACUGAAUGAGAGCACUAUGUGAUAUGCUAACUACAAACUGAUUAAUUCACUUAGAUGAGUUAUGUUAUGCUGUGAUUUGAACUCUCCUCACCACAAUGUAUUAAAAAGAAGCACCAAGAGCUUCCCAUGAAGGGUCAA